AUGACGCUUCAGCUACUGUCCGUACUGGCCAUCUUUUCUGCCUCCUUCAAUCCAGCUGCAGCGCAAUUUAGCAACUGGCAAAACGGCCAGAUUAAUACCAGUAUAUGUGUGUGGUAUCAGCCCAGAGCUGCACUAGUCCGUGACACAGUUUAUCUCGAUGGUGGAACUAUAUGGUGGACUCCUGGGCUGUCUAAUGGACAGCAUUCGGAACCGGUGAAUGAAGGAAACUACCAGGGAAACCUACUGUCAUACAACUUGUCCGUGCCUCUUUCAAGAGAAACAAACGUCACUGGCAUUCUAAUGGCGGAUAUGAUGUCCAAGGCAAGGGGGGGUACAGGUAAUGGCAUAAGCACAGAACCGAAUUAUUACGACGGAGCCAUGUUGGCAAAUGACCAUGAGUUUUUCCUGUACGGUGGUGCUGUUUUCAGAAACGACCAACUGUACGACCCGCCCCCGGCCAAUGCAGUGCUCGGUUAUCGUCGAUAUCAAUAUGGUCCGGACAAGCCAUUGUGGCAAAAGGGCUUUUCGGCAGGUCAUCUCGAUGACGGCGUCACUCGAUACGUUGCCUACGGCGGCGCGGUAAAUGCGCCUUCAGAAAACAAGGCAUGGUAUUUUUCCGGCCUUUCUUCGCCGACCCGUGGGCCCAUCAUACAGAACACAGGCACCGAUGGAUCGACCAGAGCAAUGAACGUUUCCAACACGCUUGUGGGUCUGGACAUGGCGGCACAGCUGGAGGAGAAGUGGUCCAACACAACUCUGCCCAGCAUGGUCCAUGGGAGGGCAAACCCAGAAGUUGUCUGGGUUCCGGUCGGCAAGCAAGGAAUUUUGCUGGUUCUGGGCGGCGUGCUGAAUCCAGAAUGGGCUACGGCAACGCACAAGUCGGAAAAUGAGACGGAAAGUCGGCUUUCAGGUCAAGAUUUCAUGCGCGUCAUUGACAUAUACGACGUCGCUAGUAAAGAAUGGCAUCAGCAACCAACGUCUGGACGUGGUCCCGGAUCCCGGACGAGAGGUUGCGCCGUCGUUGCUCCGGCCUCUGACUUUUCCAGUUUCAACAUAUACUACUAUGGCGGGUUUGACGGAAUAAACCCCACAAACGACUUCUCAGACGAGGUUUGGGCUCUCUCAUUGCCUUCAUUUACUUGGACCCUGAUCAACAAAGGAACCACUGUGCACGCACGUUCGGGACACAAAUGCUUCAUGCCAUACCCCGAUCAAAUGAUGGUAUUUGGUGGAUAUACAAGGCAAAGCGGCGACUCCAUCACCUGUCUGGACCAAGGACCAGUCGUCCUCUUCAACUUGACAAGUGGGAAGUGGAUGGACUCGUAUUCACCAGCCCGCUAUGCCGAUUAUGGCGUGCACCAAGAUAUAGUGAAGCUCAUUGGGGGCAACGCUGCCGGAAGUGCCAGCGCAACAAGCCCCGUACCCUCGGGUUGGUCUACAAGCGAGCUGCGAGACGUGUUUGCCAUUCCAUAUGACAGGAAUAAACUCACGCGCUACUGGCCGUACAACACUUCUUCACCCCCAGUUGCUACCAGCACGGCUGCUCCCGGAGGCUCUGGCAAUUUCGAGCGUUCCCUGACAAUUGUUAUUCCAGCAGUUCUCGUUCCUUCCGUUUUCCUCUUCGGUGUUGGAGUAGCACUAUGGCAUCUCCGUUUCAGAAGGAAGAGAGAAGCAAAGAGACAUGAUGGGUUGGGUGAUGCGUCGACGACACUCAGCAGCAGCCGAAACGUAAGCCUGUGGCUUUGGGGUCACAAGUCUUCCAAGCAGCUCACCUCCACCGAGUCACACGCAGCCAUGACAGCAGCUUCUCCCGACCCAGAUAAAUCCCGGAGGUCAAUGGAGCCCAAUGCCGGUGACAAACCACCACCAGCAGAACUCUGUGAAAUGGAAGAUACACAAGUUUCAGAGCUUUGCGAUACAUCGUCGCCAGUGGAGCUCCACGACACGGGGCUUGCCCCUCUGAAUUCAUUUGAGAGAAAACUCAAUCUUGCCGAAUCCGACCCUUUUAAUCCGUCUCUCAAUCUAGGGCAUGGCUCUCUCCGCAAUGCAGCUUUGAGAUCGCAAACCGAAGCCGCGGCCAAUUACAGACAUUGGGCAGAGUCCCCGGACGUGGACUCAGCGCACCAAUCCAGUGGCAGAAUAAAAAAGAAAGAAUCUCGAGGAGUUUUUGGUAUCGAAGAGCUUCGGGAGGCUGUACCUGAAGUCGUUCAGAUGGAGACCCCCAUCUCCCCAACAUUGCCAAUUGACCGGUACUAUGGCGAAGCCUAG